AUGGGACGUUCACCUUGCUGUAAACUAGAAGCACACACCAACAAAGGGAUAUGGACUAAAGAAGAAGAUGAGCUCCUUGUCAAGUACAUCACCCUUCACGGUGAAGGCUGCUGGCGUUCCCUUCCUAAGGCGGCUGGAUUGCUCAGAUGUGGCAAGAGUUGCAGAUUGAGAUGGAUAAACUACCUGAGGCCUGACCUCAAGAGAGGAAACUUCACUCAAGAAGAAGAUAAAAUCAUUAUCAAGCUUCAUAGCCUGCUGGGAAAUAAGUGGUCCUUGAUAGCAGGAAGAUUGCCUGGAAGAACAGAUAAUGAGAUCAAGAAUUACUGGAACACUCACAUUAAACGGAAGCUCAUUCACUGUGGCAUUGACCCUCAAACUCACCUUCCUCUCAACAGUGUCACCCCCAUCCCCACUGCAGAUAACGACCGUGUUUGCUUGGAUUUGAGAAGCCCGAUUCUAUCAUCCAGUGGUACAACUGAAGAAACUCAGUCACAUUCCCAGCUUCAACACGAGCAAAUUACUUCCGUUGAGGUUGAUCUUGAGCUGUCUAUUGGACUUCCUUCCUACUCAACAUCAGCAUCUAACGUUCCCGGCCAGUUUUUCCGGCAACUGGCGAGACCACCUCUGCGUGCACCAGUACCGGCAAAAGCAAUUUGUUUGUGUUGGCAGUUGGGGUUUCAGAGUGGACAGUUGUGCAAGUGCCAAACCAAAAAUGGUUUAUACAGAUUUUGCUGA